UCCCUCCCUCCCUGUCUCUCUCGUGUAAUCUCGCGUUAGCGGCUCCACAUCCACCCUCCCCUGCAUCUGACAGGCGAGUACAUGCUAGCCAAUUCCAGGCUUUUCAUUUCAACAUGGCCACUACCGCAACGUGUACCCGGUUUAGCGAGGAAUACCAGUUAUGUGAAGAGCUCGGAAAGGGUGCCUUCUCCGUUGUUCGCAGAUGCGUUAAAUUAUCCACGGGACAAGAAUAUGCGGCGAAGAUUAUUAACACAAAGAAGCUCUCUGCCCGGGAUCAUCAGAAGCUGGAACGCGAAGCAAGAAUCUGCCGGCUCCUGAAACAUCCUAAUAUUGUACGCCUUCAUGACAGCAUAUCAGAAGAAGGAUUUCACUACCUCAUAUUUGACCUGGUCACUGGUGGAGAACUCUUCGAGGAUAUCGUGGCCAGAGAAUACUACAGUGAGGCAGAUGCAAGUCAGUGUAUUCAUCAGAUUCUAGAGAGUGUGAAUCACAUUCAUCAACAUGACAUAGUGCACAGAGACCUCAAGCCAGAGAACCUGCUGCUUGCAAGUAAAUGUAAAAAUGCAGCGGUGAAGCUGGCCGACUUUGGACUGGCAAUCGAAGUGCAAGGGGAUCAGCAGGCAUGGUUUGGAUUUGCGGGGACUCCAGGAUACCUCUCGCCCGAGGUUUUAAGAAAAGAUCCAUAUGGAAAACCAGUUGACAUCUGGGCGUGCGGAGUCAUUCUCUACAUAUUAUUAGUCGGCUACCCACCUUUUUGGGAUGAGGAUCAGCAUAAACUAUACCAACAAAUUAAGGCUGGCGCUUAUGACUUUCCCUCUCCAGAAUGGGACACCGUCACCCCAGAGGCCAAAAAUCUGAUCAACCAGAUGCUGACCAUCAACCCCGCCAAGAGGAUAACAGCGACUGAGGCCUUGAAGCACCCAUGGGUCUGCCAACGGUCCACCGUGGCAUCGAUGAUGCAUCGCCAAGAAACGGUGGAAUGCUUGAGGAAGUUCAAUGCCAGAAGAAAGCUGAAGGGUGCGAUCCUGACCACCAUGCUUGCAACAAGAAACUUCUCAGUUGGCAGGCAGUCUACAGCUCCGGCAGCAGCCGCAGCGGCUGUUGGGCUGGCUGAGCAAGCUAAAAAUUUACUUAACAAGAAGACCGAUGGAGUCAAGCCGCAAACCAACAACAGCAAGAACAACGUAGUCAACAUCCCAAAGGAGACCGCUCCAACAGCCACAAUGGAACCACAGACAACAGUGGUCCACAACCCCACGGAUGGCAUCAAGGGAUCCACAGAGAGCUCCAACGCCACUACUGAAGACGAGGAAGGGAAGGGACGCAAGCAGGACAUCAUCAAGAUCACAGAACAGCUUAUCGAGGCGAUCAAUAAUGGAGACUUUGAGGCCUAUACGAAGAUCUGUGAUCCAGGCCUAACCUCCUUUGAACCUGAAGCUCUUGGCAACUUAGUGGAAGGGAUGGAUUUCCACAAAUUUUAUUUUGAGAACUUGUUGUCCAAGAACAGUAAGCCGAUCCACACCACCAUCCUCAACCCGCAUGUCCACCUGAUCGGGGAGGAUGCUGCUUGCAUCGCCUACAUCCGUCUAACGCAGUACAUGGAUGGGCAGGGACGACCUCGCACCACACAAUCUGAGGAGACCCGUGUGUGGCACCGUCGCGAGGGCAAGUGGCAGAACAUACACUUCCACUGCUCAGGUGCACCAGCCGCACCGCUCCAGUGAACACCUUCUGCAGCUUGGAGAUGCUGGAGUAGACUUCUCGUCCAAACAGUGGAAUGAAGCCGGUCACUGUCAUGGUAAAUUCUUGAAGACCAACAGCGCCAUGCGCCAAUCUGCAUGUGUAUGAUGCUGCUGUGGUGGCUGCCUAUUUGUUGUUUCCAUGGAUCCAUCGUGUCUGUUUCUGCUGUCUAGGAGAUGUACAGAUAAAAAUGGCUGCUGUAAUAUGUACCUGAUAACUCACUCGUUCGAUGGCAGAGGUUCAUGCAAAUAAUAGAUUCUGAACCCGUAUACUUGCCAAAGUACGGAGGUCCGUCCUUUAAAAAAUAAUGUAAAAAAAAAGAAACUUAAAAAAAAAAAAAAUCACAACAAAAAAUUUAACAAGUUGCAGUAGUGCUCAGAUCUUUUAAAAAAAAACCAAGUCAAGAUUUAAUCGAGAUUACGAGAAGGAGAGUAAUGUCGGAGGAAGCCCUGGCUCCUCCUGUCAGUGUGAGGUAAGGGUCAAUAGCUGGACCGCUAACCCACUGGGAGACUGACACGCAACAUCGCUGAAACUCAGAGGCCAAGACUAUGGCCUCACUGCUCUGCUAAAACUAUCUGACACACAAAACACACAACAACAAAAAAUAAAUAACAAUAAAUCUGGGUGAUUGCAUUUUUAUUCUUCUCUCUCCUGUCGAUCCAUUGCAGAGUGAAUCUGUGGUCUCAUUCAUUGAAAUGGAUCACACAUAAUAAGGUAUUUCUUUCUCAAAUGUUAACAUUUCUUCCAGUGUUUCUGCAUCAAGGUUAAUAUGAAUGUAUAAUAUUGAAGUUCUCUGUCGUGCCUAAGUGCAGUAAUAUUAUCUUUGGUUUUUAAAAAAAAACAAUUGCUAAGUCAGUUUUGCAUCCACAAGUUUGCAGUAUGUUGUGAUCUAGUUACUGAUGACAAACUUUUUUGAACUGUCUGGUGGUCAUCACUGCCUUGUGUCUUUGAGGUGUGGUGUAGGUGUGUAGCCCGAUAACAUUAUCUUACUGGGAAGUAUAAGAUCAAACUCGCAACGCAUAGUGUUGGUAAUCACAAACAACACUGUCCAGCUGGUCGUCAAAGGUCACACAUUUAAAACAUAUACUGUAUGCAGUUUUACAGAGGUUAUGCAUGUGUUGUUUAUGGUCAAUAUUUUCACUGUAUGUGUUUUACUUGACAAAAAAAUACUGAUGUACCUAGUUCUGCAUCUUUAACUAUCUUGCACAGUCUGGCCAGUAUGCACCACAUAAUUUAAGCCUAAGCUUGAUAUGAUAAAUUCCUGUUUAAAAAAAAUUAAGUAAAUUAAUUGCAUUGUUACUGUAUCUUAUGGGGCUAAUAAUAUCUUAUAGUUUUAACUGAGGCAAUUGAUGCAGGAUUUUGCAUGAUAUGUGGCAACAAAUACCCUCUGUCUGUUUGUUAUGAAUGUUGGUAGAUCUUCAUAGCUUUGUUACUAUAGGACUUGAUCUUAAAAAAAAAAGUAUUUAAUAAAAAUGAAUACAAACCGGUGCAUCUUGUUUUAACUACUGCAGUCGAUGGAUUGUCUACCCCAGAGCCUGCUUGAAUUUGUCGUCUAUGAAUUAGUAAGGAGCAUUCUCAAAGUGCGAUAUUCAGUGUUUUUAGUUAGUUCACAAAACGUCACAAAAUGGGUGAAACUGGACAUGAAUCUUUCCGCUGGUCUGCAUCACGCUUUAGUUUGCAAACUGCGUGAUUUAUAUCCCUUCAUACUUCACAUUGGUCAGGACUCUGGAAGAGGAGGCAUUUGACAUGGUCACUCUAGGUGGGAUUUGGUGGGUCAUCACUGUGUUUGUUUGCUCCAUCCUUGCACUGCACACCUUCACCUGCAAGGUGAGGUCCCGAAGGAGGAACGAAGGUCCCUUUAAUUCAGACGUGGACCUGGUCGGAUAACGGCAAAUGACUCGAGCUAAUGGCCGAGGCUUUGCUCAAACUCGUUCUGGAUCAGAACACGUUGUUUGAUCAACACAUCGCAAACCCUCUCCGUCCUUCGCAAAUCCGUCAUACCUGAACCAGUCCCAGAGAAAAUUAGUGGCACAGAAAUAGGCCAAUCAGCCCAUCAUGUCCAUGCUGGCCAAGAAAGGUCUGGUCUAGUCAACUUUCACCCAUUUUGAGGCUCAGUGCUUUCAGUUACCUUUAAUGUAACCUGUUUCUGUGUGUCUAGCACUUUUAAACAAAAAAAUAAACACAGUCUGUGUA